AAAGAAAGAAGAGAAGAAGAUGGGGAGAUCACCAUGUUGUGAAAAAGAACACACAAACAAAGGAGCAUGGACUAAAGAAGAAGAUGAAAGGUUAAUAGCUCACAUCAAGGUACAUGGUGAAGGUUGUUGGCGUUCUUUGCCUAAGGCUGCUGGUUUACAACGGUGUGGUAAGAGCUGCCGCCUCCGUUGGAUUAACUACCUCCGUCCUGAUCUCAAGCGUGGUAACUUCUCUGAUAAUGAAGAUGAACUCAUCAUCAAGCUCCAUAGUCUUCUUGGCAACAAGUGGUCAAUGAUAGCUGCAAGACUGCCAGGAAGAACAGAUAAUGAGAUAAAGAACUAUUGGAACACACAUAUAAGGAGGAAGCUAUUAAGUAGAGGAAUAGAUCCAUUAACUCAUAAACCUAUCAAUAAUAUUGACAAUGUUUCUAAUCUCACAAUAUCAUUCAAGAACAUGCAAGACAAGAGCAUUCAAGAAGAAAUAUCUCCAAUAUGGAAUCAACAAGAAGAACUUCUUCGACGACAAAAUCAUCGAUGCCCCGACUUGAAUCUAGAUCUCUGCAUUAGCCCUCCUUCUCAAGAUAAUAAGUAUUUGGAUAAUAUUAAUGUUGGCAAGGAGAGAACUCUCAUGUGUUUUAGUUGCAGUUCAGCUGGGUUGCAGAAUAGAGAAGAAUGCCAAUGUUAUGAACCCUUUCUUAGUAUUAGUAAUAAUAGUGUUCUUGUUAAAUAUAUGUAAGAAUCCUUCUUCACUACAUACACCAUGAAACCCUAACUUUGUAUUGUAUAUAUGCAUGAAUGAAAUCUUUUGUUCUAUAUAUUUAA